AUGUUGAAGAAGCUUUCUCCUGUUGUGAUGUCAUCAUCCAUCAUUCACCAGCACCCACAACACCAUUCGCAAAAGCUGGUAUCUCAUUUGAACAAACUUUUCAAUCAUAACGCCUCUAUGAUUUUAAAUGUUGGAGGUAGUUGCAAUUUUCAUCAUCAUUUAGCAAAGGUGCUGAGUUUGGAAACAACAACACCCGACAAAACAGCAACAACACAUGGUAGCAAUACUCCGAAAGGUUCCAACAACAAUACCCAUUCCCCACAACAAACCAAUAAGUUCAUUGCAAGAAGAAGGGAUAGAAACCAAGAGGCUAUGAAUGAUGAAAGAAAAGCAAAACUAGAAACCUUGAUGGCAGAUACAAAACUGAAAGCAAAAUUAGGAAAAAGAAUAACACUCUACUUGAUGAGAUGUGCCCAAAAGAACAUUCCGAUAACCACUGUUUACUUUUGGUUGGACAUGUUGUUGAAUCAUUUACAAAUACCACUUGAGCCUUCUCACUUUGUUCAGCUUUUAAGCCUCUGCAAAGACGAGGAGCAACUAAUUACUGUGUUUUUAAUCUCAACAGCAGCAGAAAAAGUCAAGUUAGAAGACGGAACUGAAACCAUUGAGCCCUUGAUUAAACUUCCAAAGAAUAUCCCAUACCAGAAAGAGCAAUAUGAACGAUUUCGAAAAUUAUUUCCAUUGGACAAACACUUUGGUGAGGUUGUAGUUUCUACCUCAUUGUUCCACAAUCUUGCUAGAUUGAGAUCAAAGUUCACAUACUUUUUAUUUAGAGAGUUACAACAAUUCGAUAACCCAUUAUUCAAGGAAUACAAGACAGUCGAGUGCUAUAACUGCGUUCUCUCUCAAUAUUCAAAGCCUCCAUUUACUGAUAUGGAGUUGGUUCAUAAACUUCUCACUGAAAUGAAACAAAACGAGGCUACAAAACCAAAUAUUAGAACUCAUACCUUACUUUUAGAUUUAAUUAUCAAGAGUAACUUCCCACAACAUGAAAAGAUUCAAAGAAUUCUUCAAAUGACGAAAGAAAUGGACUCGGCUGACACUGCAUUCUUUAAUAAGCUUCUUACAAACUUAAUUGACACAAAUCAAUUUAGAACAGCCAUUCAACUAUUUACUGCUAUUCACGAUUCAGCUAGUAGUGGAGUAGACUCCAAGAUUAGACCAGAUCGUAUCACUUAUCACAAAAUGAUUUCACUUUAUUUUAGAAUCGGUCAACCUGAACAAGCUCUUUCGAUUGCAAAAAUGUUUGAACAGGAUCCAUUUUGCCAAAUCACUAGUUAUACAUGUUCCUUGGUCAUUCAAGGUUUCAUAGAUGCAGAUCGAGUGAAAGAUGCUGUAUUACUCUAUGAAAACUUUAUCAAACAUCCAAAGAUUAAGCUAGAUCAAAUCUUUUUCAAUGCAAUUAUUUCAGCUGCUGGAAAAAAGAAUUUACCACAACUGGUGCAGAGAGCCGUGAGAGACAUGAAAGAAUUGAAGGUCGAGCCAGAUCUAACACUAUAUUAUACCACUCUCUCUGCCUAUGCAAGAAUGGGUUUAAUGCCUGAAGCAGAAAAGAUGUAUCAACUUUUUAAGCUUAAGGGCUUCCUUACCUCUGGAAAACAUUAUACUGCCUUAAUGAGAGGCUACUUUAAGUUAGACAAUUCAGAUAUGGUUUGGGAUGUAUUUAAUCGAUUCUUGGAGGACCAAAAAACCCGUGAAAAAACAGGCGAUCCUUUAAUCUUGGACUUUGCUAUCCUCUCUUAUUUACUUGCAGCAACAAAAACACGAGAUCAACUCGAGAGCAUUUACGUUCACUACAAUCAACUUAUUGAAAAGAAGAAGUUGACAGACGAUUUUAUUUACAGUGGUGAAUCAUUACCUGUUGAUGAAGAACCCGAAUUUGACACUACCUCCAAUGUUCAAGAGGAAGACGAUGAAAAAAUUGGUGCUUUCACAACACGAGAUUUAGAAGAUUUGUAUUCUGAGGACAUCAAAUUCGAAGAAUCCGGAAAAAUUGCUUUCACUGCAGACGUGAGACCAGAGCUUUUCUAUUACAGACUCUGCAGAGUUUGCUUAUAUCAAAGACAUACCACCAUUUUAAUUCAAUUGUUGAACCAUAUCCAACUUAUUUCCAAGAUGGAUCCUCACAGUAUUAGAUAUUUCUCUAAAAUUAUUCUUCGCUAUUUGGCAACGACAGGAAAAAAGAGAAUUGUUUAUUUCUUUGAAGUAUUAGAAAAAUUGUUGCAUGAACAGAAAAAGGGAACCAAAGUGUUAUUCUUAGAUAUACUUGCAAACAAAUACAUGUUAUCUCUGGAAAGGCUGGCAGGAAAUAUUACUCAACAACGAAUUGAAAAUUAUGUGAAAUACCGAUCUGAGGAUUUACAAGAUCCACAUUACUCCCAUAUUCCUGAUGUUGCAGAAAUUUUGAGAGAGAUUUCAUACAUGUCAACUUCAGUGUACAAGUAA